AUGCUCGACAAGUCCAAGCGUCCCAAGUUGGUUCCACGUUUCAUCGUUGCCUCGCUCGAGUCACGUGUGCAUGACGUGUUCAACGUCGAUCGACUUAAGCACUAUCACCCCAACGAAGCCAAGUUUGCCUCCCGGCCUAUCCCGAAAGCUACUCCUGUUAUUCUAGACGAAUCCACCGGCGAAGAAAUGUACAUUGUCGAGAAACUGCUCAAGAAGCGCCAGUUCAAUCGCAAAUUGGAGUACUUGGUCAAGUGGCAUGGACAGCCCGAAAGCGAAGCCACGUGGGAACUGAUCAAGGACAUCAAGCAUGUUGUGCUCUUCAAGCAACUCGUCCAAGACUUGGAGUCAAGGCGUUUCAAGGUGUAG